CAUGUUUAAAUGACGUAGUAAGUGUCAAACCAGCUGAUGAAAAUAUGCGGUUUAGAUUCGUUUAGAUGUGCUUGAAACUACAAAUUUAAUAUAUUAGAAAUAAAUUACUGUAAAAUGGACGACGCUCUAAAACUUCAAAAAUUAGCUGCUGCGCGUAACAAGCUGAAAAGCCACCAGCAGAAGAAGCAGAAAAAGCCGGAAAGUUCCACCAGUGAUACCCGGAGCAUUGAUUCAGUCACCAGCAGCAAUGAGAGUGAAGUUUCCACACAGAGAACCAAUGCCAGCCCAGUGCCACAAAUACAAUCCUACUUUACAACACCAGCUGCAAUGCCCACAACAGCAUCUUCCACAGCAAAUUACUUUGAUACUGUCACCUCAGCAUCAGUUGCAACAUCCCCAGAAUUAUUUUCUAUAACCAGUCAGAAUCUGACACCAAGUGCACCAAUUGUAGACAAUCUACAUGCAGACAGCAAUAAUUAUGUCACUUCUACAGAUGCAGUCUCAUAUGAAGACCCAGAAAUCAACCCAAAUGAAAUAUUUGACUUUGCCAAUCAACAGCAAAAUAACAAUGUGCCUGAAUUGUCAAUGUCUGAACAAAUGAGGCAAUUGACUGACCAAGUAACACAUGCUGUGGAUUCCAAUGGGUAUGAAAAUUACAGCAAUUAUUCAGACUUAGAGAAGAGAAAUCUUGAAUUGGCAAGUAGUUUUGAGAAGGAAAAAUUACAAUGUGAUCAGUUAAAUGCCACCAUAAAUGAGUACAAGAACCACAUCAAUCAGUUAGAGAGACAGAUUGAGUUGUUGAGAGUUGAAUGUGAUAAUAAAAUCAGGGUUGACUUAGCGCCGCUCGAAAAUGAAAUAUCGACGCAUAGACAAACAAUUGGGAUACUGGUGGGUGAGAAAACCGAAUUAUCAGCAACACUGAAUCACACACAGAUGAUGCUGAAACAUAAAACAACUGAAUGUGAAGAGUUACAAGCAAGGUUGAAAACGUCACGGUCACGCGUUGCUGACUUAGAAAGGGAGUUGAAUUGUUUGAAGGAGGAGAGAGGAAGGCAUGCUCAGAUGCAAACAGGGCAUAAUCAGGAGUUUGAGAGGAUGCAGAAUGAUGUGCAGGUGUUGAAGGCGCAGAAGAGUGAAGCUGAGCAUGACUUGAGUGAGAUGAGGGAGAGACUGAAGAAGUUGCAAGAGGAAAACGCGGUAAUUAUUCAGAAUUGUAAUGAAUAUGAAGGCAAAUUGGAUCUGGCCCAGAUAAAAAUUCAGCAACUUACUACGGGUGCUGACCCCGGUGCCAGUGAAAAAUUCAUGCAGGAAAAACAAGCUCUAGAAAAACAAAUUCUGGACUUAAAUUCAUCGUUGAAAAACGCUCUGGGUGAACGUGAUCAAGCCAGUGCGCAGUAUCAACAAUAUGUCCAACAAUUAAAUGGAAAUAUAUCUAGUCUCGCCGAAAAAUUAAAUUCCUCAACCGUUGAAAACGAUAAUCUAAUGAAACGUGAGAAUGAAUUAGUUCAACACAUAAGUGAACUUGAAAAACGCCUUCAAAGCCAACAGCAGGAAUCAAAUCACAUCUUCAAACAACCUCUGCAUUCAGAACAAUCUAAAGAACAAUCUGACUCUGAGAUUGAGCAACUGCACCAACAGAAUGAACGUUUAGAAGCUGUUGUAGCGGAUCUACAAGCCAAAUUCGAUGCGGUGCGAAACGAACGCGAUGAAUUCAUCCAAGACGUGGAAAACAAGAAACUCACCAUUGAGAGUCUAGAGUCAACGAUUGAGCGAUUAAAAGGUAAUCAAACUAACAACACUCAAAUGCUAGCUGAUAUUGAAAGUGAAAAGGUAGCGGCCUCACGUGCCGUCGAGCAAAACAUCAAGUUGAAACAACAACUGGAAGAGAUGCAGGAGGCGUUUAUUCGCAUGACUAAUGAUAAAGCUGAAUUAUUGACGCAGUUGUCUAGUGAAGAAUUUAGGUAUAAAGAGUUGGAGGACUUGCAGACGCAGACAAUUCAUCAAUUGCAUAUGCUUACGGAAGCAAUUGAGAUAAAAGAUCGCGAGUUGACACAAAUCCGCACGAAAGUGGAGGAUGUUGAUAAGCAUGUGUUGCAUCAGGAUCAACUUAAUGAUAGAUUGCGACAUUAUGAAGCGCAUGAAAACAGUGCACAUGCUUUAACACAUGAAUUACAACAUGCUAAAGAUGAGAUACAUGCAUUAAUCAAUAAAAAUAAACAACUUGAAAUGAAGCUAGCCGAUAUGGAAAGCAGUGAAAUAAAAUUAAAUCCAGAAGUGCAUGAAAGUGAAGACGUAGAAAUGGUAACACAAUCAAUACAAACCGAAGUUGAAGUUGAUUCUGCUAUACCACAAGUGAAAAACACCGAAAUGACUUCCGCGCGAGAAAUUGCAAUGCGUCAACUUGAGAAUAAAUUCAUGCGCACAAUGCAAGAGAUUGCAAACCUGCAGGACGAAAAGCAAAUGCUUGAGCAUAUCGUUCUCCAACUGCAAGGAGAAACCGAAACAAUCGGUGAGUACAUUGCGUUGUAUCAACACCAACGCGGUGUGCUUAAACAGAGAGCCAUCGAGAAGGAAACACAACUUAAGCAGUUGGCGAAAGACCGUGAGCAUAUGAAGUUUCAGUUGCAUAUGUUAAAUGAGUUGAUACGACGUCUCCUCGAAGAAAACAAAAUAUCCGAUGGUGAUCUCCAGGAGCAGAAACAAAUCAACGCAGAUGCUUCUGCUUUGUGCGAGGAACAUGCCAAGAUGCACUUGAAUAUGCAAGAUGGCGAGUCGCAGGGUCAGGAAACUGCGCAGCAGAUUAUGGCAUUACUCGGCGAAAUCAAAACCAGUAAUCUGGUGCAGCCGACUGACGUCUCUGAGAAUUUCCAUCCGUGUCCGCUCUGCUCCGGACAAUUGAUCACGGUUUAAUACGCGUUUACAUAGCUCGCGUAAUCGAAAUAAUCAUUUGUAUUGUUUUUAUAUUUCCUAUAGUAAUCCUCUAAAAUAUUCAUAACGCCUGGUGUACAUAAUGUGCAAUUUAAAGUAAAUUUUAAACAUUUAAA